AUGCGUCACACUUGCAUGCUCAUCACUUGUGAUGGUAGUAAGGCUAAUAUAUGGUUAUUUUGGAAUUCUUUUCUCUCUACACCUAAUGUUAUAUCAACAACAGCACAAGCAAUAACUGUUAAAGUUGGAGAAGUACUUGUAACUGGAAUUCAUGCAACAUGCUUAACUAUGGAUAUAAGAGAAUUAUGGGAUGAGUUGGAGAAGAUUGAUGAUAUGGAUUGUCCUUGGCUUGAAAUUGGGGAUUUUAAUGUAAUUUUGAGUAGUGAUGAAAAAGUUGGUGGUAGAAGACCUUUAAGAAUUGUUAUACAAGAUUUUAGAGAUUGUUUAAACAUUUGUAAUCUAAUACAAGCUCCUAAAACUGGUAUAAAAUACUCACGGUGCAAUAACAGAGUUGGGAAGAUGAGAAUUUUAUGUGAUUUAGACAAAACUUUCUUUAAUGUUAAACGACUGGAAAAUUUUGAUGGAUGGCAGUAUAAGGUGGGUGUUAGAAGGACUUCUGAUCAUGGUCCCAUAGUGGGAAAUACAGUGGGGAUUCCCAAACCAAAUAACAUUCCUUUCAGAUAUCAAGUUGUAUGGACUUCUCAUCCUGAUUUUCUUAAUUUAGUUCAAAGGUCUUGGGAAGAAAUUAUAACUGGUAAUCCUGCAUUUGUGUUCAUGGCUAAACUUAAAAGGUUCAAAAAAUUUGUUAAAAAAUGGAACUGUGAGAUUUUUUGGGACUUAAGAGUAAAAAUGUCUCAAGUUGAAGAAGAUGUGGAAAAAGCAGCAAUGAUUUAUGAUGCAAAUCCAGAAAAUGUUGAAUUACUUAAUUAUUUAAUAACAGCUAGAGGAAAUCAAGAAAUAGUUUCUCAAAAAUUUAAUGAACUUCUGAGAGCUAAGGAUAGAAUCAAAUGGGUGAAAGAGGGUGGAGAAAAUACAUCUUUUUUUCAUUCUUCUAUGAAGAUUAGAAAAGCUCACAAUAACAUAGUGGAACUGGAGGAUGAUAAUAGAAAUAUGGUGACUAAUCAAGCUCAAAUAGCUGAUAUUUUGGUUAAUCAUUUUCAAAAAAAAUUUGAGUAUCAACCUGUGAGCUUUGAUGAAAUAAUUAUUGAGGUGAUCCCAAAGAUAAUAUCUGAAGAGGACAAUAUGUUUCUUGAUGGAAUUCCUUCUUCUGCAGAAAUCAAAGAAGAUGUAUAUGGAAUGGAAGAAAAUAGCUCUCCAGGUCCUGAUGGAUUUUCUGAAAGUUUUUACAGAUUUGCCUGGAAUAUUGUUGGACAAGAUUUAAGUAAUGCUAUUCAAUACUGUUGGAGGUGCAAGUUUAUUCCUAGAGAUGACAUUUUUGUUUUCGGUAAUGGACAGAAAAAAUCAUUGGAGAAUCUAAUGAAACUUUUAAUGGAUUACCAGAAUGCAUCAGGUCAAGUGAUAAACAAGAUGAAAAACAAAUACUUGGGAGUGAUACUAUGUCCUGGAAGAGUAAAGAGCUAUCAAGCAUGGGGGAUGGUGGAAUUAAUGCAUAAAAUGUUAGCUGUAUGGAUGGGAAAAAUGUUAUCUUUCUCUGAUAUAUUAACUUUGGUGAAGUCUGUGUUAUGCAGUGUACUAGUCUACAACAUGUCUGUGUAUAAGUGGCCUAAGAAUAUCAUAAAAGAAUGCGAAAAAAUUGUAAGGAAUUUCUUAUGGUCUGGAGAUCCUGCAGUUAAGAAUCUUAUUACAGUGAAGUUUGAUGAAAUUUGUGCUCUAGUAACUGAGGGUGGAUUAGGAAUUAAAAGAUUUGAGACAAUUAAUAAAGCACUCCUCAUGAAGUUACUCUGA